AGUUUGUCGCGGGAGUUCUGUGGACGUUUGUUUAUUUUUGUGUCUCGUGUUAAAGUUGUUGACAAAAAUUGUUCAACUGUUCAUUACGUGAGUUAACAUCAAAGCGCCGACGCAACAUGAGGAGAAGUCUGGCUCCAAGUCAGGUUGCUAAACGAAAGCAGGCAGAAGACUCAUGUGACGACCAUAAGUGGACACGUGGAACCGGGAAAAGAGGAAGAGAUGAAACUGAGCUGCAAGACAUCCCUCCCUGUCCCUUCAGGAGACCUCUGACACAAAUGACCAAUCAGGUGGCCUGUGUGGAGGCUGACAAACACGAGCAGUUCAUCCGAAGUAUCCUCUCCAAACCCUUUAAAGUUCCCAUCCCUAAUUACACAGGUUUGCUGGGUGCACGUGCGCUCGGUGUGAGGCGCACCGAAGUCAGGCGGGCACUUCAUGACCCGUUUGCAGAAGGUGCUUUGGUUCUGUUUGAGCCUCCGUUCAUCAGCGCCCAUGACCUCAUCAAAGCUGACAGAAGCAAACUACCAGUCCAUGUGGUUGUGGAUCCUGUCCUGGGGCACAUACUGAGACCACAUCAGAGAGAGGGGGUGAAGUUCAUGUGGGACUGUGUAACAGGCAGGCGGAUCCCACAGUCAUACGGCUGCAUCAUGGCUGAUGAGAUGGGCCUGGGCAAGACCCUGCAGUGCAUCGCCCUUAUGUGGACUCUGCUGCGCCAAAGCCCUGAUGCUAAGCCAGAGAUAGACAAAGCCAUUGUGGUUUCGCCUUCCAGUCUGGUUCGGAACUGGAACAGUGAAGUCAUUAAGUGGCUGGGGGGACGUAUCUCGCCCCUGGUCAUCGACGGAGGUUCAAAGGAGGACAUAGACAAGCAAUUAGGAACCUUUAUAUCUCAGCAGCAUGGCCGGCGAGUACCCUGCCCCAUUCUGAUCAUUUCAUAUGAGACAUUUCGACUGCAUGCUGACGUCUUGCACAAGGGCAAAGUUGGGCUCGUCAUAUGUGAUGAGGGUCAUCGGCUGAAAAACUCAGACAACCAGACCUACCAGUCCUUAAAUGCUAUCAGUGCCCAAAGGAGAGUCCUGAUAUCAGGAACCCCCAUCCAGAAUGACCUUUUGGAGUACUUCAGCCUGGUGCACUUUGUUAACGCUGGUAUUCUGGGUACCGCCCAGGAGUUUAAAAAGCGUUUUGAGGUUCCCAUCUUGAAGGGUCGAGAUGCAGAAGCCAGUGACAAAGACAGACAGGCUGGAGAAGAGAAACUCAAAGAGCUAAUUAGCAUUGUCAACAGGUGCUUGAUCAGGAGAACGUCCGACAUCCUCUCUAAGUAUCUCCCUGUGAAGAUUGAACAGGUCGUCUGUUGCAGGUUGACUCCUCUGCAGACUAAGCUGUAUAAGCACUUCCUGCAACAGGCCAAACCCAUUGAGAGUUUCAAAGAAGGAAAAAUCAAUGUGUCUUCACUGUCAUCCAUCACUUCACUCAAGAAACUGUGCAAUCAUCCAGGCCUCAUUUAUGACAAGUGUGUGCAGCGUGAUGAAGGUUUCCAGGGGUCACUAGAGCUGUUUCCAGCUGGAUACUGCCCAAAGUCUGUGGAGCCUCAGCUUUCUGGAAAAAUGCUGGUUCUUGACUACAUCCUGGCAAUUACACGAACCACAACUAGCGACAAGGUGGUGCUGGUCUCCAACUACACUCAAACACUGGAUCUCUUUGAGAAGCUGUGCAGAUCAAGAAGGUACCCGUAUGUUCGAUUGGACGGGACGAUGUCGAUCAAGAAAAGGGCAAAGAUUGUGGAAAACUUCAAUACUCCGUCUAACCCAGAGUUUAUCUUCAUGCUGAGUAGUAAGGCUGGAGGAUGUGGGCUGAAUCUGAUCGGCGCUAAUCGCUUGGUGAUGUUUGAUCCUGACUGGAACCCGGCCAAUGAUGAGCAGGCGAUGGCACGGGUUUGGAGAGACGGCCAGAAGAAGACCUGUUAUAUCUACAGACUGCUGUCUACGGGGACAAUCGAGGAGAAGAUUCUGCAGAGACAGGCUCAUAAGAAGGCCCUCAGCAGCUGUGUGGUGGACGAGGAGCAGGACGUCGAGCGCCACUUCUCCCUGGGUGAACUCCGAGAACUCUUCACACUGAAUGAGGAAACCACCAGCGACACACAUGACAAGUUUCGCUGCAGGCGCUGUGUGAACGGGCGGGCAGUUCGUCACCCUCCAGAGGACUCGGACUGUACCAGUGACUUGUCGCAGUGGAACCACUGCUGGGACAAGAGGGGCCUGACGGACCAGGUGCUAAAAGCAUCCUGGGAUGCUGCUGUGACUUUCGUCUUUCAUCAGCGCUCGCACUGCGCGUGACCGUCCUGACCUGAGCUCAACUCUGGCUUUCCUUGAUGCCAGUCCCCUGCUGUGACUGUACUAUGUACUACAUAAGCGAGCAAUGACUUACUUACAUGGUUUGGAUGUGCUCCCCCACCACCAACUUCCUUGACCUUUGACCUGGAUGUUGACAGAUGACUCACAUAUGCUGCCAAGAUUUAGAUUUUGCAGGCAGACUUUUGAUCCGGUUUCUGGUGUUUUUUGUGCAGGUGCCCAUGAAUUUGCUUGGAAGUUGUUCUUUGGUUUCCAGGCUCCAGGUGCAUCAUGGGAUAGCUUAUUGUUGUAUGUUUGCACACUCUGGAGGUAGUAGAUCAUUUGGUACUGUUCAAAUACUUCAGAAUGCAGAGUGAGUAUUCAGACACCCUCCGUAUUCUAACUUACUCCUGUUUGC